GAAACCAAAAGGGCAACAUUUGUACAAUUGUUUGCUACAAUUCAUUUGAAAUUACUUUUUACAUUUUAUUCAUUUUUUUUUUUUUACAUGGACUGAGUGUGCACUCUAAAUUAUCGUAAAAAUUUUCUUAUUGGUAGGCCUGGGAACUUGAAAGUUAGAGGCUCGUAGUGCACUUUUUGUUGUAUGGGGUUUACAAGUUAAAAUAUUCCAUAAAAAGUUCUAUAAGAUGUUAUAUCUUUGUAAGAAUUAGUGACAUCCUUUUUUUAAUAUUUUUUUACAAGCAUAAAAGAGAGAAUUAAAACCCUUGGCACUUCAUAGUUUUGUAAUCAUACUGACAUUUUUAAGUUAUUCAGAGGGCUGUGUUUCUCUCGUUCAUUUUUAUUUUUUUAUUUUUGUCCUUCUCUUUGUUUACAAGAUUUUUUUUUAAUGUUGAAUUUAGUGCUAAUACCAAAUAAUUCUAUGAUAUUUGACGUGUAUUAGCCCUGUUUUUUUUGUCUGCUCCAAAUUUGUCUUUGUUCUUAACUCUACCCAGGGAAAACAAUUUUUUCAGUUGCAAAUAGCUUUUGAAGAUUGGUUUCAAGUCGAACCACUGAAGAAAUACUACCCAAAAGUAAUGACAAUGGAUCAUUUUAUGUCUGAAUUAGCAUCACGUGUUUGGCCAGCUGGUAGAAGAAAAGGCUUUUGUUACCGAUUUGGUGAAGAUAAGAAAACUUGUUCAAUGAAAAAUGGCAAUCCAUUUGGACCAUUUUGGGAUCAUUUUGGGGUUAACUUUGAUGGAUACAUAGAACAUUCUGGUUUACUCUGGGACACUCUAGAUGACGAAGAGACAAAAAAUGGCUGGCUUGCCAGAUUUCCCGCAUCAGAGUAUCCAGUGAUCGCAUUUCAGGGAGCACCUGGCUCCUUUCCAUCCACACCUGCUACACAGCAUAUCCAAAAGUAUAUUGAAUUCUCACAGAAAAUAUCACUUCUGGCGGAUGAAUUUAUUAGAGAGGAAAUGAAAGGAAAGAGAUUUGUAGCUAUUCAUUUACGGAAUGGUAUUGAUUUGACACGUGUGUGUGAUGAAUUGGACAGGUACUCUUCGUUAUUUGCUUCUGCACAAUGCACCAAACAUGCAAAGGAAAAUGGCGUCACCAAAUUGAUGUGUAAUCCCACAAAAGCAGAAAUUUUAAAGCGAGUCAAACAAUAUGUAAGACUUACUAAUGCAGAAGCUGUGUUUGUGGCCACAGAUAAUGAUGCCAUGAUGGAUACAUUUAGGAAAGAAUUGAAACGAAUGAAGGUUACUAUUCAUAAACGCAAACCUAAAAAUGAAGUUAGUGAUCCAAUAGUUGACAUUGCUCUGUUGUCGAAAGCUGACUUUUUUAUUGGAAAUUGUGUAUCAACAUUUUCUGCGUUUGUAAGAAGGCAUAGAGAGACCAGAAAUCUACCAGUCGGAUUUUUUGGUAUUGAAUAUCCCCAGAAAAUAAAACAUGAUGACCUUUGAGUUAAUAUGGAGAAGAGAUUGAAAACAAAAGAGAAAAACUAUUUAGGAUGGAAAGAUUUUUAUACAUGUGAAUAUCUAAGUCGUGCAUCAUAUUUUAUGUUCAAGAAAUCCAUUGCAUUAUAGGAAGUUGCUUAGCUGACAAACAGUCUUGUGAAUUGGCAUUGACAGUGACCAUAUAAACAAUGGCAACACCUUUUCAUUUUUGAGUACAUUAAUAAAAGACAGCAAUUAAAAUUUGCACCAUAUGCUGUCGAUGUCUAAUCAAUGAUGUGGUAUUAUUUAAUUUCGAUUUUAAUAUUUAUAUUGUUAUGUCAGUUGCUUGUGAUUAUGACCUCAUGGACUUUUUUUUAGUUUGUGCCAUGGUGGUGGGCCCUCCCCUCCCCUUCCUUGCCCCUCAUCCCCUCAUCAUCCCUUUGUUUUAGAAGCCUAGCCUAUUUACAGACAAGCUAUACAUAUAGCUUGUCUGUAAAAACACGUAUUUAUGUGUGAGUGGCAAAGUAUAGUUUCUUAAAAGUCGACACCUUGUUCCUGCUGAGUUGCAUAAAGCUGCAGGGACUUGGCUGUAAAACCUUUUCUCACACAAACCUUAAGUAUAUAAGUAAGUUUUUGGAUGUAAGUUUUGGAAGUAGUCCAAAAAACAGUUAUGUAGAAUUUUGUAUGGUUUAUCAUGUAAGUCAAGUGGAGGAUGAUCUGAACUUAUUUUUACAGUAACAAGAUAAACAAACAAAUUAUUUUCUUUCUCAAUCUCUCGUUAUGUCAGACGUAUAGAUGAAUGGUUUUUGUGUGUGGUGUUUCUUGUCGUUGCUUGUUGUGUGUGUGUAUCAAUCUCAUAUUGUUACAUUACUUUUGUGUAGUUAUUUUCGGUAUUAAUUUAAAAAUUAAAAAAAAGGGAUUUUUAUUUGUCUAUUUGGAGAGUAUAUAGAUAUUGUAUUUAUUUGUCUUCCUUCAUUGAAGUGAAUACUUUUGGAAAUUUUAGUGAAAAGUUUGGAAUUUUUUAUCUUGUGCUUUACACAGUAACCGUACUUGCGUACAUCAUAGCCAAAAUGUGUCAAUUUUUUUACUCUUUAUGAGUUUAUUAGAGUUUUUCUUCGGUUUUAAUCUUAAUUAUGUCAUAAAUUUUAUUUAUAUGUUACGGUAAAGCACCCAUGUAAAAUUUUACCAAGGCUGCUUCCCUUUGACCUCUAAUGUCCACACCUUGUCGGCACCAAUAAAUUUUAGCCAAGUCUUGUUUUUGAGACUUAAACCUCAAGUAGUGUUCGGGAAGCUAACACAGUAAUUAUACUGCGUGUUUGCACUUCAGACCAGUACCAGUUUUAAAAGUUUAAAUCUAGAUUAUUUAUAUUCGCUUCAGGUCCUUACCAAGUCAACAUGUUUUUAAAACCAUGUGUUGUAUUUUUAAGUUAAAGUUAGGGUUUGCCAAAACUUUAUUUAUUUUCUAAUGUAAAAGGAUAACUUUCUCACGUUUUUGUAUCGUUUUUCACAAUAAUUUUUAUGACAACAGAAA